UGGGGGCGAUGGCAGGGGGGUCACCUCCUGACUUUGACCCUAGGCUCCUAGUAGAAGGAUCGUGGCUUUAGUUGCCGCUCUCCCUAACUGGGGUUCCGGCUAGACCCCCAGUGGGGUUCCGGAGACGCCGAGGUAGGCGGGGACGGCCGCAGCACAGAGCGGCCCCGGGAAGCACCUCCUGCUGGACACCAGAGCCGGCUCCCGUCUAUCCCAGAGUGCCCCGGGGCCCGGAAGUGCCUGGGUUUCCGGAAGUGGUCGCGAGCUGACAGCGCCGAGAUCUGGCUGCGCGCUUUAACGCUGGGCUUGCGGUGUCUACUGUAAACCUGACUUCAGGCCCGGGCGGACGUCGCCGGGGGUGGCGGUAUGAUGGAGGAGGAGGAGCUGGAGUUCGUGGAGGAACUGGAAGCCGUGCUGCAGCUCACGCCUGAAGUGCAGCUUGCCAUCGAGCAGGUAUUUCCAAGCCAGGACCCCCUAGAUCGAGCAGAUUUCAAUGCUGUGGAGUAUAUCAACACCCUGUUUCCAACAGAGCAAUCUUUGGCAAACAUAGAUGAGGUUGUGAACAAAAUUAGACUGAAAAUAAGGAGGCUGGAUGACAACAUUCGAACUGUUGUAAGAGGUCAAACAAACGUGGGGCAGGAUGGAAGGCAAGCACUUGAAGAGGCCCAGAAAGCUAUUCAGCAGCUCUUUGGCAAAAUCAAAGAUAUCAAAGACAAAGCAGAAAAAUCAGAGCAAAUGGUUAAAGAAAUCACUCGCGAUAUUAAGCAGUUAGAUCAUGCCAAACGCCACCUGACCACCUCAAUCACAACGCUGAACCACCUGCACAUGUUGGCAGGCGGCGUCGAUUCCCUCGAAGCCAUGACCAGGAGAAGACAGUAUGGAGAAGUUGCUAAUCUUCUUCAGGGAGUGAUGAAUGUUUUGGAGCACUUCCAUAAGUAUAUGGGAAUCCCACAGAUCCGGCAGCUUUCAGAAAGAGUGAAGGUUGCCCAGACUGAAUUAGGACAGCAAAUCCUGGCUGAUUUUGAAGAAGCAUUUCCUUCCCAGGGUACCAAGAGGCCAGGAGGACCCAGCAACGUCCUACGAGAUGCAUGUCUGGUUGCUAAUAUUUUGGACCCCAGAAUCAAACAGGAAAUCAUUAAAAAGUUUAUUAAACAGCAUCUGUCAGAGUAUCUAGUACUUUUUCAAGAAAACCAAGAUGUUGCCUGGCUUGACAAAAUCGAUAGACGCUAUGCCUGGAUAAAACGCCAGCUUGUGGACUACGAGGAGAAAUAUGGCCGUAUGUUUCCACGUGAGUGGUACAUGACCGAGAGGAUAGCAGUAGAAUUUUGCCACAUUACAAGGACAGAACUUGCCAAGAUUAUGCGUACCAGAGCUAAGGAAAUUGAAGUGAAAUUGCUUCUUUUUGCUAUUCAGAGAACAACUAACUUUGAAGGGUUUCUGGCAAAACGCUUUUCUGGCUGUACCCUGACAGAUGGAACCCUGCAGAAAAAACUCGAUUCUCCAUCACCGUCUACCAAUCCCUUCUUGGAAGACGAAUCAACACCAGAGAUGGAAGAACUGGCCCUAGAGAAAGGAGACUUAGAUCAACCAAAGAAGCCCAAAGUCCCGGAUAAUCCAUUUCAUGGCAUUGUAUCCAAGUGUUUUGAGCCUCACCUCUAUGUGUAUAUUGAGUCCCAGGACAAAAACCUUGGAGAGCUGAUAGAUCGGUUUGUGACAGAUUUCAAAGCCCAGGGACCACCAAAGCCCAACAUGGAUGAAGGGGGUGCCGUGCUCCCCAGCUGUGCUGACCUCUUUGUCUACUACAAGAAGUGCAUGGUGCAGUGCUCACAGCUUAGUACCGGGGAGCCAAUGAUUGCACUGACCACCAUUUUCCAGAAGUAUCUUCGAGAAUAUGCCUGGAAAAUCCUCUCUGGCAACCUGCCCAAGACCACGAGCAGCAGCGGCGGACUGACCAUCAGCAGCCUUCUCAAGGAAAAGGAGGGCUCUGAGGUGGCCAAGUUCACCCUGGAGGAGCUCUGCCUCAUCUGCAGCAUCCUGAGCACAGCAGAGUACUGCCUGGCCACCACCCAGCAGUUAGAAGAAAAGCUGAAAGAAAAGGUUGAUGUAAGUCUGACUGAGCGAAUCAAUCUGACUGGAGAAAUGGACACAUUCAGCACUGUCAUCUCUAGCGGCAUCCAGUUGCUGGUUCAGGAUCUGGACGCUGCCUGUGACCCUGCCCUGACUGCCAUGAGCAAGAUGCCGUGGCAGAAUGUGGAGCAUGUUGGUGACCAGAGCCCCUAUGUCACCUCUGUCAUUCUCCACAUUAAGCAGAACGUCCCCAUCAUCCGUGACAACCUGGCUUCCACGCGGAAAUACUUCACUCAGUUCUGCAUUAAAUUUGCAAACUCCUUCAUUCCCAAGUUCAUCACCCACCUCUUCAAGUGCAAGCCAAUCAGCAUGGUGGGAGCAGAGCAGCUGCUCCUGGACACGCACUCCCUGAAGGUGGUCCUGCUCGACCUGCCUUCCAUCGGCUCACAGGUGGUGAGGAAAGCACCUGCCAGUUACACUAAGAUUGUGGUCAAAGGCAUGACCCGGGCGGAGAUGAUCCUUAAGGUGGUGAUGGCCCCUCACGAGCCACUGGAGGUGUUUGUCGACAACUACAUCAAACUCCUUACAGACUACAACACAGAAACCUUCCAGAAGAUACUGGACAUGAAGGGCCUGAAGAGGAACGAACAGAGCAGCAUGCUGGAGCUCUUCCGCCAGAGGCUCCCCACCCCACCCUCAGGCCCAGAAGGCUCCGGGUCACUGUCCCUACUGGCUCCUACCCCAGAGCAGGAAUCAUCUCGCAUCCGAAAACUCGAGAAAUUAAUUAAGAAGAGACUGUAGAAGCAUACAAGGGCCUUUUUUCCUCUGGCUGAUAGCCCUCAGUGCCCCAUCCCCUGAAGAUCCCAAGCCUCCCCUGUGCUACUUCUGCUCCUGGUCAUCAGGCUUGAACAUGGAUUGUCGACAUGUCUCGCCCAUGCCCCAUCCUAACUCCUGUCCUGAUCACAGGGUGUUUAAAAGGCAACGUAGACGGUCUCUGAUUCCUGCAAUAGAAGCAGCAGUGGGUGGAGGUUCCUGCAGACCCCUUGCUGUCCUGGACUGCUUGUGAGGGGUCCAGUUGUCAGUAGCUCUGGGGCCUCACCCUUACAGUCACAUUCUGAGAACUCGGCCCUAUUUCCAAUUAGGCUUCUGUCCAGGCAGCAUGGAUGAAAAAAACCUGGGCCUCCCCACUUGUUCUGUCUGCCCCCCCUGCAGCUUGGCCCUCUGGCCCUUGGGCUGAGCCCCAGGGCCCUACCUGACAAAGUGGCAGGCCGAAGGUGUAGGAAAUUCACCUUUUCUUGGGAAGGUAAUGGAAGCCUGAGCGUCCCUCAUGUAUAUUCCAGCUUCCUUGUAUAUAUUUUACUUCUGGUACUUUCCAUGACUUGGACAAGUCAUCUCUGUGUUCACCCAGAUUUCUCAGAAAUCUCCAUCUCCUUCAGUAGAAGUCAAAGGAGUAAUUCCCUCGAUAUCACACUUGGUAGGACUGCGUGUGCGUCAGGUGGGGGUGUUCUCUGCCCCCUGGCCCCCAGUUAGGCAUGGAGGCGGCAGACCCUCACCUGCCCGGGGAGAAGAUUCUGCUCAGCAGUGCACCCUGCAUGAUGUAAUCAGAUCUCCCCCAUCUCUUCACCCCCAUUCUGCUCCUGACUUAGAAGGGAGGGCUUGCCUUUUCCAGGAAGUUUGCCAUGAAAAACUGUCUUGGGCUUUCUCCUCAGGUGAAGCAGUGGGGCAUCCAAGACACCUGGAUCCUCUGAUCCCCUCCUACUCAUCCUUAACCCCCAAGAAUCAGCUGAAACAGGUGCAGGUGCUGUUCCAGGCGAGAAUGGCAUAUCACUUCAGUACAAAUAACACUGAGCCCGGCCCUGCUAGUAAAACGCCUUGACCCCAUCCUGUUUGCCAUGGGCUCUUGGCCCAGCAUGGCUUUGCAGAAGAGAACGUCACACAGUACUGUUUCAGCCCUUGUUUCCUGCAUCCUGAGAGCAGGCAGUGUAUCAUGUUGUUACCCUGACUCACCUGGGUCACUGGAAACUAAGCCUCAGGUAACCGUGACUAGGGCCUCAGGGUAACAACUGCUAUCAGAUCAUCAUUUGUUCAGGAGUUGUGAGCAGUUUGUUGGCCUGGUCAGAAGGGAGCUCAAGGGAAAGGCAGAAUUCUUUCAAAGAAUGCCUGUGGCAGGCUUUUGGACAAGCCUAUCAAAUAGCACCCCAAAAUGAAUUUUUCAGGCUAGAGGAAGUUUCCUAGAAACCCCUGAAAAUUGAACUGGAAACUGCUUAUUUCUCCCCUUCAUGUCUUCCUCUUCAUGAUAUAGCCUCUGCUCUCUCCCCUUCCUCCUUCAUCUUAGUCCUGAUCCUGGGCCUCACUUCUUCCUCUGCUUCUACACCAUUCUCACUAGUCAGUGUGGCAUUCUGGUGUGGAACAUCUUAAACUCGAGAACACCAAGAAAGUAAGCUGUGAGAGAAAGCUCCAGCCGUGAGCAGAGCUCUGUGAGGAGGAGAGGCUCAAGAUCCAAGAACGAGGCAGGGAGGUAGAGAGGGACUGGCCCAGCCCUGGGCUGCUCAACAGGCAGAGUGAUUCCACGUUGCCCAAACAGACAUCGUGCUGCUCUGGUAAAGUUACAUAGCCUACUGAUUGGGGUCAACAUUCCUUUCCUACUCUUGACAAAAGGGGCCUGUGGGCCCAUCUCCAAACAGAAAAGCCACUUUUGCCAUCUGUCAUCAACCUGGGGAUUCAAGAAAGCUAGGGGACUCCUGCACCUGGUUCUUGUCACUCUUGGUAUUUACAGAUCCACACUUUUGGCUCGUGCACAAGAAGUCGUUUUCUGCACAUGUCUACGAUGGCAUUGAGAUGUCAGGCUGCUGUCUUUCCCCAGUUGGUGGUCACAGCCAGGGAAGUUGUGUUCUUGAUUUAUUACAAUGUCAGGAGUCUCCACGGAGCCAACAGAUGUCAGUAGGAGUUAUGUUCACUGUUUUGUCUGAGGGGUCUGAAUGCUGUUUAUGCAUCCUGUAAAGACAGAGCAUGCUUGCCAACUGGGGAUAUGCAUCAGAAUUGCCUGGGACCCUCUUUACAAAUAAAGGUGCUUGGAGAUUCUAAAUCAGUAAGUCUGGAGUGGGGCACAGCAUGGAGGUUUACACAUUUCACAGGUGAUCACAACGUUGACUCCUUGUUAAGAAUUAUUGCAGUAGAAAGAAUUUUGCUUUAUUGAAGGUUUUCCAUAAGACAUCUUCAUAAAUGUUUAUUUUUUCUUUGCCUCCCUGAGUGGACGUAAUGAGCAUAUAAUUGAGCUGGUACCAACCUGGUAGUGAUUUGAAUUUCUGUGAUAGUCAGCAUCUGUAAUUUUCAGCUUGGGUUUAUGGCGAGGAGCAUGCCAGAAAUCAUGUUGUCUCAACACUCACUGACUAGGCUCCUUCCUAUCUCAAUGGCCAACUUCCAAACUGAAGACUUAUUUAUUAUUGCCAGUUCGAAAUAACAGAGAAGUUCUCACUGAUUAAAAAUAAAAGUAUCUAGCAGCUUUCUAUUUUACCAUUCUUCCCCCACAUACACACACACUUUCUCUAACCCCUUAGGAAAAAAUUCUUUAAGUCACUUCAUUUGGUUAAAAUAAAUAUUAGUAAGUUAUGAUUGACAAAGACUUGCCUGCCUGUUAUUAUGAGCACACUUCCUUCUAGCUGACAUUGGUGCCCGGGCUGGAGAAGGUUCUGUAUGGACCAUAACUGAAAUAGGGAACAAGUGGAUAGAUGUUUUGACCUCUGAAUUCAGUUCCAGAAUUGAAGCUAUCUAGUACCACUCUCCCUCUGCUUAAUUAACAACCAGCACCUAGGACUUUUCUCACCACUAAGAAAAAAAAGAUGUCUUCUUUCUUAUACCUAGGUUGGCCCCUCGGUGAGGUCUGAGCAGGACAGGAAGCAGACCGCACACCAGCCCAUCCUGCUGGGACCAUGAUUUCUCUCCCCAGAAAGAGGCACUCCAAAAUAACUUUUGCUUAAGGGCAAAAGCAAAGUCUUUCACACUUUGUUUCUAUUCCCAUUCAUAUUAAAAAUUAGUAAUAAUCAAGCUAUCAAAGCUGUACUGGGCCAAUUAACCAACAGCCUUGGAAACAUGGACACGAGAAAUGCUGGUGUUGGCAAAAAGUGCUUUUGCCUGUUAUAGAGCAAAGUCAAAUUUCCAGUCUCAUUCUAGUUUUUGUCAAAAUAGACCCCCCCCCCCCAUCUUCAAAGUUCUAUACCUUUGGGAAAUAGGAAUUUCCUUACAGUAAAGGGCAGGCUCCUUUUGUAUAAAUACUUUUCAUUUUUUCCCAUCUGGAAGUGAUUUCUUGGUGCAUGUUGGAGCGUAAAAUAUGACCAUUAAUUAAAGAAUUACUGGCUGUCAGUUGCUAGAAUGUAUUUCCUCACUGGUGACAGAAAACAGAGUAGACUAUAGGAAAGAAUUAGCCAGCCUGUGUACUUUGGGAUCCCCUCCCCUGACAGCCUAAGGCAGCAGCACACACAGAUAAAAUAUGGAGUUCAUCAGUGAGGCCCUGGCCUGUCCAGCUGUGGCGGGAACCCUCCUGUAAACUCGCAUGCAAUGUUCUGCUUCCGAUCUGGAACCUUCUUGCACUCUGUCCUGUGGACUCGCCCUUCUCCCCCUCGCUGUUUCUGCUUUCUAUGGUGAGUCUUCACCUGCCUGCCAUCCAUUCAUCCUUAGUGAGUAGGUGGGCAUUUUGCAGUGAACUUGGGAGGGGGGAAGCUCAGGGUGUCUAUUAGAGGUGGAAAAUACCUUGCAGUACUUCUAUCUGUUGGACUUGGAGAUCACCCUGUUCUGUACCUUGAUCAUCCCUCCUACCCCGGUUUAAUAGAGGAGCCAGAGAUCUACGUGAGGCAAAAAAAAAAAAAAAAAGGCACACUUACCCAUAACACACCUAGGAGAAAAAAAAGUGCAGGGUGGUUUUCCUGCCAGAUUCUCUUCCUUCUCACCUACUUACUCGGGCAGACAUAGGAGACACUGGUAAGUGGUGAGGUGUGAACAAUGUGUUUGAAACCAGAACAGCCUGGCAUGUGUGGCAGAGGUGGAAGGGAUUUAUACAGAAGACCCAGCCCCCGGCUAUUUAUGGCACUGUCAUUAUGCAAUUCAUUGAACCUCUGAACCUCAGUGUCCAAUAUCGGGGGCAGGGGGUUAUAAUUGAUAGGCUAUAAAAACCAAAACUGGGGGCCAGGUGGUAGUGCAGCAGGUUAAGCACUCAUGGCACAAAGCGCAAGGACUGGUGUAGGGAUCCUAGUUUGAGCCCCCAGCUCCCCACCUGCAGGGGGGUGGUGUUUCACAAGCAGUGAAACAGGUCUGCAGGUGUCUGUCUUUCUCUCCCCCUCUGUCUUUCCCUUCUCUCUCCAUUUCUCUGUUCUACCCAACAACAAUUACAGUAAUAACAACAACAACGAUAAGAAGGGCAACAAAAAGGGAAAAAAAUGGUCUCCAGGAGCAGUGGAUUCAUAGUGGAGGCACUGAGCCCCAGCGAUAACCCUGGAGGCAAAAUAACUAAAUAAAUAAAAAUAAAAAAUAAAUCAUCAAAAGUUCA